UGGCGACUCGGGCCGGUCCACCUUUCCCCGCAGACCCCAGUGGGAGCCGGGAGCCCCGGCCUGGCCUGCCGAUCGCGUCCCCUUCCCGCCCCGCCAGCCGCUGUCCAAGCUCGCCCCGUCCGCCUUUCUUUCUCCCGUUCCCGGUCUCUCUCUCUCUCUUUUUCCCUUUCCUCCUUUCCAAGAUGGCCGAAGUGGAUUCCCCCUCUUAACGAUUUGGCGUCUCCCUCGACCACCUCCUCUUUGUGCAGCAGCCCCCUGCUAAGACCCUGCUCGCGAGGGUGACACUUCCCAAGUCUCCUCAGUUCUGACCCCUGGCAUCAUGCAUCGAACCACACGGAUUAAAAUCACGGAGCUGAACCCUCACCUCAUGUGUGCCCUCUGUGGGGGCUAUUUCAUCGACGCCACCACCAUUGUGGAGUGCUUGCAUUCCUUCUGUAAAACCUGCAUCGUGCGCUACUUGGAGACCAACAAAUAUUGCCCCAUGUGUGACGUCCAGGUUCAUAAAACCAGACCACUCCUGAGCAUCAGGUCAGACAAAACCCUCCAGGACAUUGUCUACAAGUUGGUGCCUGGGCUUUUUAAAGAUGAGAUGAAACGGCGUCGGGACUUUUAUGCAGCAUACCCGCUGACGGAGGUCCCCAAUGGCUCCAAUGAGGACCGCGGCGAGGUCCUAGAGCAGGAGAAGGGGGCGCUGGGCGAUGAUGAGAUUGUCAGUCUUUCCAUUGAGUUCUACGAAGGAGUCAGGGACCGAGAGGAGAAGAAGAGCCUCAUGGAGAAUGGGGAUGGGGACAAGGAGAAGACAGGGGUGCGCUUCCUGCGAUGCCCAGCAGCCAUGACUGUCAUGCACCUCGCAAAGUUUCUCCGCAACAAAAUGGACGUACCCAGCAAAUACAAGGUGGAGAUCCUCUAUGAAGAUGAGCCCCUGAAGGAAUAUUACACCCUCAUGGACAUUGCUUACAUCUACCCCUGGCGGAGGGUGCUAAGUACCACACACCUGUUGCUGAUGCCCUCCGCUGGCUCUUACCAUCCAGACUUGGGAAUGGGCCUCUCCCCCUCAAGUACCGUGUCCAGCCAGCCUGCAAGCGGCUCACCCUGCCCACAGUGCCCACUCCCUCAGAGGGGACCAACACCAGUGGGGCAUCAGAGUGUGAGUCUGUCAGCGACAAGGCUCCCAGCCCUGCCACCCUUCCGGCCACCUCCUCCUCCUUGCCCAGCCCUGCGACCCCAUCCCAUGGCUCUCCCAGCUCCCACGGCCCCCCUGCUACCCACCCUACCUCCCCCACUCCACCUUCGACCGCCUGUGGGACCACAGCUGCUACCAACGGGGGCACGUCGAACUGCCUGCAAACGCCAUCCUCCACCAGCAGGGGGCGCAAGAUGACUGUUAACGGAGCUCCUUGCCCCCCUUAACUUAAGGAAAGGGACCCUCUCCCGCAGCAGCCACCUCUCCCCCUCCCUUCUACUUUUUCUGGUCCCCUUUUUCCACCUUUGACUUUCCUGGUUCCUCCCAUCUUCAGAGUGGGAGGUGGGUUUUAUAAAUAAAUCUAUCUAUAUAUAUAAAUAUAUAUAUGUACAUAGGAAAAACCAAAUAUACAUACUUAUUUUCUAUGGACCAACCAGAUUAAUUUAAAUGCCACAGGAAACAAACUGUGUGUGUGUGUGUGUGAGUGUGUUUGUGUCUAGGGGGUCUUCUGUAGUUUGCUCUGCUCUUCUCCGGGGGGGGGGUACCUGGUGGUCUUAUGAAGCCACUGGAAGUAUUAAAGCCCUCCCCUGUAUUCGUUCUAUUUCCCAGGGCAGAGGGCAUGUUGGGUCUCCUAGCUGACCAGAUAAUGGGGUCCAUCUCUAAGCCCCCCCAUUGUUGAAUGUCCAGAGAAUUGCUAAGACAGUGCCUUUAAAAAGUGUGGUUUGUCCUCUGGCUGCGAGGAUCAAGUGGCCAUGGAGAAGGCAUCUCCCUCACCUCCUUGGACAGUGGGACCCUUGUGCAAAGAAUAGAUGGUUCUACCUUUAUCCCCACCCCCCACUUCUUUUUUUUCUUUUUUCCUGUGUGUGGCCUUUGCGUCCAUCACUUAUCUUUAUGGAGGAGAAGGUUGAGGCUAUGGGGAGACCCCAGCCCUGCAAAGUCUAUGUGUGACUUUCCUUCUGCCCUACCCUGACCCAGGAACUCCUACUAGCAAGACUGGAGGAGACACUCAAUGGGGGCCUAGAGUGAAGGGUUGGGGCGUGGAACCCCGGACAAGCACAGACUUGAGAUCUGCCAAAGGCCAACAGCUUUCUAGUCCACUUCCCCUCCCCUAGCUGAGGCCAAGCGGGGACAGGACAGAGGUAUUAGAAGCACAAGGAAAUAAGAUGGAAGCUGACCCCACUUUACCUAGCAGACCACCUACUAGGGGCUGACCUUGCCUACCUGGUUUCCUCAAGUGUACAUAGAUGGGGGGGGAAGGUGGAGGGAGACCAGGGUAUUGGAUCGGGUAUGUGAGGUCCUGAGCCCGUGGGGUCUCUUGGCACCAUGUCCUGAGUCUGAGGUUCUGUGACUGUACCCACCUGUCCUGGGUCAUUUGUAUCUCUUGGUUUUGUAAUAAAUGCUGCAUACUCUUG